UUCAACCCCAGACAGGCUCACAACUUCCUUCCUGCUCUCCUACCCCCUCCCUCCGCUCUCCUCCUCCUCGCUGCUCCUCUCCCUCUCCUCCUCCUCCUCCUCCUCCUCCUGCUCCUGCUCUCUCCGCCUUUCCAGCCGCACCGGGAGCGGGCGCCGGGGCUGCCCGGAGCGCGGAGCUGCCCGGAGCGCGGAGCCGCCCGCGCAGCCUUGGCCGCCGAGUCGCGGAGGGGCAGAGCCCGGCGCAGCCGGCCCGCCCCGGGGCGCGGAGAGGCGCUCGGAGCCGCGGAGGGAGCGGGAGUCCCGGCAGCCCCGCGGCGAUGGUUUCGGCAGCGCCCCGCGGCCGCCGGCGGGCGCUGCCGGGCGGCGCGCACUGAGGGCGGGCGCGGAUCUCGACCCCAGCUGUCCCGUUUUAUGAAGCUGCGAGCCAGGGCCAGCCCAGCUCCCCAUUUUCCUGCUGGCGAUGCUGCUGGUCCCGUCGUGGAGAGACCCAGGACAGCCCCGCAGAGCCUGAGUGCCGAGGCGGCAGUGGCGACGGCCCCCCUGUGCUCCCCGGCUGACUACUAUGGCCGUGUACUGCUAUGCGCUCAAUAGCUUGGUGAUGAUGAAUAGCAACAGCGAGGUGACAAGCGGCAGGAGCAAGACGCCGCCUCCUCCCGGACAAGUGCUGCCCAGGGGUCCGGAGACGCCCGGCAGCUGCCGCUCGCUCCCUGUCUUCAGCCCGGCCCCGGUGCCGCCCCGCUCCCCGCGCUGUGGCCCCGCUUUCCUCUUCCCACCACCUGAGGAGCCCCUGCGGCAGCCAGGCAGCCCCGGGGGGCGGCGGGGCAGCCGAGGCGAAGAGGGACAGCCAGAACCCCCCAUGGCACGGCAGCUUCAACGGGAGCUGCACAACGUGCAGGUGAAUCAGAAAGUGGGGCUCUUCGAGGCACACAUCCAGGCACACAGCUCUGCCUCCCAGCCACCCCGGAGCCCCCGGCUAGCCCGGUCCCAUCCGGCCAGCCCCACGGCACCAGUGGUGGGACUUGGAACUGGACCCCGGCCACGAGCCCUCGGAGAGAGCGAGGCCCCUGAUGCUGGUGGGGUGCAGGUUUGUCUGAGCGCUGCAGAGCCCUCCAGGAGGCCAGUGAUGAUGGUGGAGGUGGCAGAGAGCAGCAGCCCACUGGAGCAGUCAGGGCCUGCACCACGGCAAGAGGAGGUGGUGGUGGUCCCCACAGGACUUAAGGGCCAGCACCCAGCCAUCGGUGGCAGCAUCCCUGCCGUCAUUGUCACAGACCUGGGGGGCCCAGAGGAGGAGGCGGGUGCCGUGCCCCCUGGCAGCCUGCCCGUCCGGAAGCUCUCAUCAUCCUCAGCGUCUUCCACUGGCUUCUCCUCGUCCUGGGAGGAGUCUGAGGAGGACAUCUCCAGUGACCCCGAGCGCACCCUGGACCAGACCCCGGCCUUCCUGCAGACCCUGGACCAGCAGAAGCCCCGAGUGAGCAAGUCAUGGAGGAAGAUCAAGAAUAUGGUGCACUGGUCCCCGUUUGUGAUGUCUUUCAAGAAGAAGUACCCUUGGAUCCAGCUAGCGGGACACGCAGGUAGUUUCAAGGCAGCAGCCAAUGGCAGGAUACUGAAGAAGCACUGUGAAUCGGAGCAGCGGUGCCUCGACCGCCUCAUGAACGAUGUCCUGAAGCCCUAUGUCCCUGCCUACCACGGAGAUGUGGUCAAGGAUGGCGAGCGAUACAACCAGAUGGAAGAUCUGCUGGCUGAGUUUGACUCCCCUUGUGUUAUGGACUGCAAAAUGGGGGUCAGAACGUACCUGGAGGAGGAGCUGAUAAAGGCCCGGAAGAAGCCGAGCCUGAGGAAGGACAUGUACCAGAAGAUGAUUGAGGUGGAUCCCGACGCCCCCACUGAGGAGGAGAACGUGCUGCGGGCAGUGACCAAGCCCCGCUACAUGCAGUGGAGGGAGACCAUCAGCUCUACCGCCACGCUGGGCUUCAGGAUCGAGGGGAUAAAGAAGGAGGACGGCACUGUGAACCGGGACUUCAAGAAGACACGGACAAAGGAACAAGUCAUGGAGGCUUUCCGUGAGUUCACCAGAGGAAACAGGAAUGUUUUGAACAGUUACCUUAACCGGUUGAAGGGUAUCCGUGCUACCCUGGAGACAUCCCCGUUCUUCAAGUGCCAUGAGGUAAUUGGGAGCUCUCUCCUCUUCAUUCACGACAAGCAGGAACAAGCCAAAGUCUGGAUGAUUGACUUUGGGAAAACCACCCCACUGCCAGAGGGACAAGUUCUCCAGCACAACGUGCCCUGGGUGGAAGGGAACAGAGAGGAUGGCUACCUCUGGGGGCUGGACAACCUCAUUCAGAUCCUGACAGAGUUGUCCCAGAGCGAAGACUUGCAUUAAAGCCGCGCAUCCGACUCUGCCACUACCCCCAACCUGCCCCUGACUGACUCUUCUGAACUGCACUACAAGACACUUUCCAGCCCUUGCCCUCCCCAUUUGAAAGCUAUUCUCUCCCUAUUUAAUGUGUUUUUGUUGUGGUUUUUUUAGGUUGUCUUGGUUGUUUCCCCCCAUCCCUCCUUGUAAAUAGAGAGCUAACCUGCUACAACAAAAGCUGAACUUGAAACCUUGGCUUUGCAGAGUCAAUGGGAGUAGGUGGCCUGGGGCAGCCCAGUGGGGUUGCUUAGGCAAGUGCAUGCUUUGCCUAUCAUGCUUUUGUCUCUUGCUCAGCCUGAUGUUAAGAGGGCUGGCGGAGGAAGGAGCCUCUUCCUGCACCAAGAUCAUCCUGAAAACACACAGUGACCGUGCCCAGGACCCUCUGGCAGUCAGAGAGUGUGAGCGAGGUGUGGAGAUGGUGAAGGACACUGUAGUGGGAACCCUUUAGUUGUCUCUGCCAGCACCUUUCAGCCCAGGGAGCUGGUUGUGCCAAGUCCUUGAGAGCUGCUAGAAGGGCAGAUUUGGGGUUUAAUUUGUGUUCAAGACAUCUUGUAGAGGUUGCUCAGUUAUUUUUGAGUGGCACUGGAGGGUGAAGGUUUCCCUCCUGCUGCAGAGCCACAUAGUCAGGCACAGGUAUUUGCCAUGGCCAGGCGCUUCCCACCCACAUCCCCCAUGUUGGGUGCCCUGGUGAGCAAAACUUUGGGCUCCUCUCUAGAGCCCCAGCUCCCCCAUUAGGAACUGCUUCCAGCCUAACUUAGCUGGGGUCUCCAAUCCUCCCUAGCUGGGAAAAAUAGCUUAUAAAGGACUACUAUGAGACCUAAAGUAGCCAUCCAGGUCGAUCAGUCUUUUUUGUCAGCAGCUGAGCACAUGUGUAGUGCCACCAAUGCUCACACCAAGCCCAGGGCCACCUUCCUGCCUGGAGCAUGUCUGUAAUUUCCAUCUGCAUCAGGUGAAGGGCACAGCAGCAAGGCAGCACCCGGGUUAGGCAAAGCAGAGCUGGGGUCAGGCAUCCCCAUGCCUUCCCCUUUUCCCAGAGCUGCCUGUGGCUGCACCGCUCCCCAGCAGGCUGCUGCUGUGUGACGGCCCCUGCGCUCCCGCUCCUGUGAAAACACCCAGUUCCCUGUUUAGGGUGGAGGCUAUUUUUUAACUUCCUGGAACAUUUGAAGCGAGCAGCAGCAGGGCUGGUGCGCUAAAGGUCAUCCCUGGAGAGGCUGGCAGGGAGGGGAGGCUGCGGGAGCCUCGCGUCGAGGAACAUGCAGUGCAGGAGGUGGUGCAGGAGCUUGGCAGCCACGAGUCCCUCACCUGCUCCAUCCAUCCCAAACCCAUUGUCCUGUCUCACUCCCCAGAAGCUCCAGAGCCCCUCUGCCGUAGUUUGGUGGGUCCAGCACCCUUGAUGGGGGAGACUCCCUUGCAGCAAUAAGGAGGAGGAGUUGGCCACCAGGCCGUCUGCAGCCAAGCGUCUUUCCCAAGGACUGAAGUUUUCUAAGGUUUUUCUCAGUUCAUAGCUCACCAGACAGGUGUCUUUUGCUCAUCAGAUGCCAUUGUAAAUGGUUGCACUGUUUUAGCUCCUUGCCAGGCUUUCUAGACUAGCCCAUGUAGAAGUGCCUUAUAGACUUUGCCUCUGUUCCAUUAGUGUCAUGGAAAAGGUUGGGGUUUUUUAAGUUAUAUUUAUUUUCAUCCCAUUUUAAUUGCACAAAACACUAAAAUUUAAUGCAUGGAAUCUUUUUUUUUUUUUAACUGUGUUUUUAGUUUUUAAGCCAUGCCUUUUCCAGCUUUGAAGAAAGGGUGUGAACAGAUACCGCGUAGCUAUGUACCACUUACUGCUGUACUUUAGCUUUGAGCUGCUCUUAUAUAUGUAUGUUAUUUUUUAAGCCUGUUUAUAAACCAGAUCCCUUGCUUUGUGGCUUCAGAAGAAGCAGAUUGUUCUUCUCAGAUGUCUUAUGCUUUCCUGGAGGCUGGAAUGGUUGCUGUGAGGGAUUUUCCCUGCUCCCACCACACUUCUCAGUCAUUGGGUAAUACAGAAAAAAAAAUCCAAACCGGUCUGGAACACCAACGCACAGUGCCUGUAAAAAAGUCCAGUAACAUUGCAAAUAAAGGCCUAUGGGAAGCA